GCUGUAUUUCCUUCCUCUUUCUAUCUCCAUAAUUCACCAUGGAUGGUAUAAUUACAAACGGUUCGUUGGAGACUCCCCCUCCUCCUAUGCCACCUCCAGAGCCUAUCGAACGCCCUCCUUCUCCUCCCCCACCUCCAGAGGACUCCUCCGCUCCUCCUCCGCCGCCAGACACGUCCGCACCUCCGCCACCGCCGGAGGACCUUCCACCUGCUCCGCCGCCAGAGCCCGAAUCCAAGAAGAAGAAAGUCGGAUGGGGAGCCCCCAAACGCCCAGCUGCUACGCCUCUGAGUGUCGAGGAGCUGGUGCGCAAGAAACGGGAAGCUGAUGCUGCAGCUGCCAAGCCCAAAUUUCUGUCGAAGAAGGAACGCGAAAAGAUCGCCCUUGAGAAGCGCCAAAAGGAAGUCGAAGCCGCGCGCAGACUCAAGACUGAUCAGACGUCCUCCCAGACGAUCGACAACACAUCCUCCAGCCGCUCAUCAGAGUCCCGGUCCCGCCACAAUGACAACUCCCGCUCGAUUCCCACCGGUCCACGAGCCAUGCGCAACUCUUCCGAUGCGCCCAGCGCGCCGGCUUCGAUGCGCAACAACAAGAACUACGAUCUCUCACCUCCCCCUCCCCCUAAAUCGAUGUCGUAUGGCUUGACCAGCGGCCCUGGCAAACAACAUAAGAACAGAAGAGGCGCCGUGGACGACGCCGAGGAGGAACAAGCGGCACAAGCCGCGCUUAUCAAGCAACGGUACAUGGGCGCCGACCAGACGUCAAAUUUCUCCGCGAAGAAGAAGCGCAAGCGCACGACAGAUCGCAAGUUCAACUUCGAGUGGAAUGCUGAGGAAGACACUAGCGGCGACUACAACCCGCUCUACAAACACCGGCACGAAGCUAACUUCUUCGGCCGCGGCCGUCUGGCUGGCUUCGGCGACGAUGUUGCUGACGCAGUGGCCAAGACCUACGCGCGGGCUCUAGAGGACCGCGACCGCGAGGCUGGCAGCAUCCGCGCGCGCGAAAUCCUGGAGAUGGAGCGCCGUCGCCGCGAAGAGAGUACCCGCAACCAGUUGGACAAGCACUGGUCCGAGAAGAAGCUCGAACAUAUGCGCGAGCGCGAUUGGCGUAUCUUCAAGGAAGACUUCAACAUCAGUACCAAGGGUGGGAGCGUGCCCAACCCAAUGCGCUCGUGGGAUGAAUCGGGACUGCCCUCGCGUCUACUGGAGCUCAUCGGCCUGGUUGGAUAUAAGGAACCCACUCCUAUCCAGCGUGCAGCUAUUCCAAUCGCUAUGCAGAAUCGCGAUCUCAUCGGUGUGGCUGUCACUGGUUCCGGCAAAACGGCGGCCUUCCUCCUCCCACUUCUCUGUUACAUUGCGGAGCUUCCUCGGAUUGACGAAUUCGAAUGGCGCAAGAACGAUGGACCCUACGCUAUUGUGCUGGCACCGACUCGUGAAUUGGCGCAACAGAUCGAGAUUGAAGCCAAGAAGUUCACCCAACCGCUUGGAUUCAACGUCGUCAGUAUCGUCGGUGGACACUCGUUCGAAGAACAGGCUUACAGUCUCCGCGACGGUGCGGAGAUCAUUAUCGCUACGCCUGGUCGUCUCGUCGACUGUAUCGAGCGCCGGAUGCUCGUCCUCAGUCAAUGUUGCUACGUGAUCAUGGAUGAAGCCGAUCGGAUGAUCGAUCUGGGUUUCGAAGAGCCUGUCAACAAGAUCUUGGAUGCUUUGCCUGUUACCAAUGAGAAGCCAGACAGCGAGGAAGCCGAGAACUCCAUCGCAAUGAGCCGCCAUAUCAACUCGAAUCAGCCGUCCCAUCUUCAACGCUACCGUCAAACAAUGAUGUACACGGCCACCAUGCCUUCAGCUGUCGAACGCAUCGCCCGCAAAUACCUCCGCCGCCCAGCCAUUGUGACCAUUGGUAGCGCCGGUGAAGCCGUCGAUACAGUCGAGCAGCGUGUGGAGUUGAUCGCAGGAGAAGAUAAGCGUAAGAAACGCCUCGGCGAGAUCCUGUCGUCGGGCGAUUUCCGUCCUCCGAUCAUUGUGUUCGUCAACAUCAAGCGCAACUGCGAUGCCAUUGCUCGGGAGAUCAAACAGUGGGGCUUCUCGUCUGUUACGUUGCACGGUAGUAAGACGCAAGAGCAGCGUGAGGCGGCGCUGGCGUCCGUUCGGAACGGGUCAACCGAUGUGCUGGUGGCGACCGACCUGGCGGGUAGAGGUAUCGAUGUGCCGGAUGUCAGUCUGGUCAUCAACUUCAACAUGGCGACAAGUAUCGAGAGUUACACGCAUCGUAUCGGUCGUACGGGUCGUGCUGGAAAGAGUGGUGUUGCCAUCACCUUCCUCGGGAACGAGGAUUCCGACGUUAUGUACGAUCUUAAACAGAUGCUUAUCAAGUCGCCUAUCUCCCGGGUCCCCGAGGAGCUUCGCAAGCACGAGGCGGCCCAGUCCAAGCCGACGCGAGGCAUGCCCAAGAAGAUCGAGGAAAGUACGGGAAAUGCUGGCAAGGGUGGGUGGUAGUUUAAUGUUAACGUGCCCAGAGUGUUUGGGAAGACAAUAUACCUUACUAUAUC